AUGAAUUCUACCACCGGCAAAUGUUUGUGCGGUCAGAUCACUGUUUCUAUUACCCAAGAAGCACUAAAUGCAACUGAAAAGAUUGCUUUAUGCCGUUGCAAGAAUUGUUGCCAAUCUGGUGGCUGUCUUGGAUCAAUCAAUGUUAUUGCUCCAAUAUCGGCUGUUAAAAUUAGCGAUGAACCAAAGAUUUAUCACGAUAGUAAUACUGAUAGUGGAAAGACGAUACAGCGUGCGUUUUGUAGCAAUUGUGGUAGCCCAAUUUAUACAGUUUCACCUAAUAUGCCUGGUGUCCAAGUCUUUAAAUUAGGGUUAUUUGAUGAAAUUCCUAAACCAUCAAUGGAACUGUACUGUAAAUCAAAGCCUUUUUGGGAUAAAUCAAUUGAUGGUACAAAGCAAUUUGAUACAAUGCCAACGAAAUAA